AUGGCCGAGGAUGAAGCGGUAAGUAUGCUUCGCUUAUCGGUGGAGCUAUUAUGGAAAGAAGUGGACUUCAAACUGAUUCGAUGUCUAUCAAAUUUCUCUGAAAAUCGUAGAUGUUCGACCCAACUAUGAAGAAGAAGAAGAAAAAGAAGAAGGUACCUCUUGAUCUUGAUGCACUUGAGGAACCUAGUACUCCCUCAAAUAUGGACGAGAAUACUCAUGAAAUGGAAAAUCAGGAAAAUACUGUGGAGGAGAAAGAAGAGAAAGAAGACAAAGGUAAAAUUGAUGAUACAUGAUAUUUGAUUCAAAAGGCAUGCAUGAUUAUGAAGUUAAGACACAACUGAAUGUCGUGAUCUCUUUCGAUGUUUAUGUAGAAUGUGUAGAUUUAGCACAGACUGAUCUCUAUCACGGACUUUUGUCUCCGUUCUUAAGUUUUAAGCAUCCACAAAUCCGAGAAACUGCGGACAAUUUUCAUAUACACAGGUCUGGUUUAGUCUCGCGAGAUUCUUGAUUUGAGCUCAACCAGACGUUUGUCUUACAAGGACGUUUGAAUCAUUUAACCCAGUUUUCAGAUCAAGAUUGCAAACACCAGAAUGCCUAAUGCGUUAUGAUGAAAAUUAUGAUCGGGAAAGACUAUUUAUUGCGUGAGAUAGCACCAGUUGAUCAUUCAUAAAAAUUACAGUACAUCCGAGAGUUUGCUUGAGUCGGUGCAAAAGGAGCAGCAUUUGUUUAUUCCUGAGAAUUUUGUAUCAGCAAUUAUUAUGUCAUUGAUUUGUAAUAUGGCUGAUGGUGUGAACAUAAUUUUUUUAAAUAAAAGUGCUGCGAUAUCCCCAGUUUGAAAAGGAAACAACUGAUCUCUAGUCUUAUUUAUUUCAGUUUUCAAUUAUUUAUUUUCAGUUUAUAAGCAUCAAAUUAAUAGCUGUACAUAUAAGACCGGAGGGUGAAUUAGGAAACACAGAUUGCCCUUUAGAUUUAUUGUUUUUCCUAUAAAUGGUUCAGUAAUUAAUGGCACAUAUCUUUGUUAACUUGAAUUUCCAAGGAAGAAGCCCAAAUCCCCCCAAAAAAUUCAACUUGAAUUUCCCUGAAGGUAGUCUGAAUCAAAACAAAGAUACAAGAUUAUGCAUUUACUUCCUGCAUACUGCUCGGAUAGUAGUGUCAAUAUGUGAUGCUUUUGCGCAAAUACGAUGUUAAUGAAGAUGGUAAAUUUUUCAUCACAGAUCUCAUUAAACUGCCUAGCCAACCAAGAGUUUUUUACAGCUGAGUGGUAGAAAGUAGUAGUUUGAGGCUGUUAGGAGUUCUUAGAGUUCUUUUUUUGAGUAUACCUGUGUCAUUCAAUGAAUAACGUCAUCUUUCUAUUCAUAAAUUGUCUGUCAAAUGAGGCUAUUACUCAACACCAGUUUCAAAAAAGAAGCCUGAAUCAAUGGUAGAGUUUGUACUUGCUUCCAUUUAUAUACCUUUUACAUUACUUGUGCAAAAGUUUAUCUUUAGACAUAUUAGCUCUUAGGGAGGGAGAUCCUUGCAGUUAGAUGCCAGCUGAUUGUAAAUUGUUUGAGGAGAAAUUGAUUUUGAAUAGAUUUGAAGAGAAGGAACUUUUUGUACAAUAUACGCAAUGACUAAUUGAUUUCAAUCAUGUGUUAAUGAUAAUUAAUCCAAAAUUGCUCAUAAUUUAGCUAAACAAUUCAUUAUAAAUAUCUGAACAAACAAACAAGUUGUAAACACACAAUUUCAGGGCAAAGGUUCCUGAUAAAUUGAUAAAUUGCAACUAUCGACAAUCACAGUCAUUUAUUAGCAGGACUCUUUUCUUUCCACUGCCCUGAAUAUCUCUCAUUUAACAAUCUCUUACAAAGCUAAUUAUCAUGUAUGUGAUCUUGCAGAUAUUUUGGAUCUGGAUGACUUUUCUGGAAUUAAGAAAAAGAAAAAGAAGAAAAAGAAGCCGUAUGAUAUGGAGGGUCUAGAGGAUGCUCUUCCGGUAUGUGAUUGUGUGACAGACUUGGCUGAUGCAAUAAUGAAUGGGUUGCCAGUAAUUGGAUCCUUGUGUUUGCGCAAAAAUUUCUGGAAUUGCCACCGGGCUAAUAUUGCAAGUUGUUAGAAUGAAAAAUUUGACAUAAAGUUUUUUUAAAGUCUAUAAAAAAAAAAAAAAAAAGAUUUUGGAGGGAGAGAUCAAUGCUUUUUUGCCACUGUUAAACAGAAAUGGAGGUGGGUAAUGUUGAUACAAGGAAAUGUACCAAUUUCACAAUGAACAUCACGCAUGGAGAAAAGUUACUUGAUAUUUUAAAUAUUUCGUAGUUUUCCAAACAAAUACUUACACUUCCCUUGUAUCAACAUUACCCAAAUUCAUUUCUGGUAAACAGGAGCAAAAAGAGGAUGAUCUCUCUCCAAAAUCCUUUUUUCCGGACAAUAAAACAACCUUUUGCUAUGCAUUUCUUUCUAGUGACUUGCCCUGUGACGGUCCCAGAAAUCUUGGUGCAAACAGAAGGAUCUGAUUACUGACAACUCAUUCAUUGAUCCAAGCUUAAAAUUUGCCCGUAAAUCUUGAAUUAGUUUUAUGCUCAUGCUUGCUCAAUUCUAUUGCAGAUGCACUUUUUUCAGUUGCUGAACAUUUUAAUUUUUUAUUUCCAGGAUUCAGCCAGUGAAAACAAAACAGAAGAAACUGGAGGAAAUGACGGGGAAAAGGAAAACAAUGCUGAAACUAAAGACGACCUUGAUUUCAGUUUUUCCACAAAAAAGAAGAAGAAAAAGAAAAAGCCGGUUUGUAAUUUAUUAUCUUUCAUUUAGUUCUGUCAUAGUUUUCAUUAUUGUUUUAAUAGAAAUCUGAUCAUCCAGGAGCAGUAAAUAUCCUAGCUAAGACAUUGUCAGUUCCUUUCUUUUUCAAAAUUUAAAGCCGUUCAAUUUUGCCAAAAAAGAAAGCACAACCUCAGAAUUUUUUUUUAUUGUUGAGCCCUUUGUGUUUUUGCUGACAUUUCUGUUGACACAUAAAUAUGUUAAACUGCAUUUUAUGAGGAUACAGGUUUUUGAAAUUAGCCAGUCCUUCAAGAAGAUUGUUGAAUUCCUUACAAAUGUAAAUUUCCCUCAUUUUGUUAUUUGUUGUUGUUGUUUUGUGAGGGGAAAAAAAUUGGGAAUGCUCCUUUUUUUUAACUUGGAUAUGUUGUAUUUUUCAAUAGGUUCUGGAUGAGACAGAUAUGAAUGAAGUUGAGUCCAAAGGGAUAGAAAAUGGAGCAGAUUCUGAUGCAGAUGAUGGUAAAGUUUAUUUUAGUUUUGGAUGACAGGCUUAGAGCUAAAUUAGAAGUGCAAAAAAGUAUUGAACAUAGAUGUUAUAAUGUAACACUUGAUUUUGUGAAUUUGACAAGUAUAAUUCUUUUUUGUCCCAGGAGAUAUGUUAGAUGAUAAUGACGACAAUGUGCCUGCCUGGAAUGAUAGAGAUUACACAUAUGAAGAGGUAUUUGUUAUGAUUGUGCAGAAGACAGGGCAUGAAAUUGUGCCCAAUAAAGGUACCAAUGCAACUAAAUUUUUCACUUUGGCAACCAAAUCCUGAAAAUUAGUCGCCAAAUUGGCAACUAGAAUGCUUCAUCAUAACCUUACCUAGAGAUAUGGUGAAUUAAAAAGAUUUGAAAAGAUAAAUCCACAGCAAACUUUCUCUUAAAGUUUGUUUCCAAAAUGCAGCAUAUUCAUCUUGAUAAAUAACUAGAUGCCAUCUUGGAUUUAGGUGAGCAUGAACAUUUGUCUUUUAAAAAUGGUGACCAACUUUUUUUGAAUUGGCUACCACUUUGAAAAAUUUAGGAGCCAAGUGGCUAUCAGAAAAAAAAUUAAUUUCACACCCAGAGGAUGUUAUAAAUGAAAUUGUACUAUUUUGCAAACAACAUUGAUAAAUGAUUACAUGAAUGAAUUACAUUUUGUUUCACUCAUCCAUGGUUUUUGACACACACAGUUGUUAACCAGAGUGUUUGACAUUAUGCGAGCUAAAAACCCUGAAAUGGUGACGGGAGAAAAAAAGAAGUUUGUGAUGAAACCACCACAAGUAGUCCGGAUAGGAACCAAAAAGACAUCAUUUGCCAACUUCACAGACAUCUGUAAAAUGUAUGUGUAUGAAAGUUUGAGGCUAUUGUAAUCAAGUUUAACGUAGUCAUUAUGCACCUGUAACAAUGUAAAGGUAAGAUCAGCUUAAAAGCCAAAAGCUCCAUAUGGCUGAAAAAUAAAAUGACUAGGUUUAAGUGGCAUGAAGAGACAUCAAUAUUGCUACUUUAUCCUCCCCACCCCCUCCCCCCUCAGAUGGGAUGCUAGUCCAAGAACCCCCUUCCCCAGAUUUUGUCAUUUUGUUACUGUUCCCUGGUAUCCAUUUGUACUCCUGCACAAAGAGAGGGUUAUUGAGAGCAAAGUGUCUGACAGCAGAGUGCAUUAGUGUGAUGCUACCAGGGGUGGGAACCUAAGCUUUUUGAUUCAAAGUCUAAGGAAGUAACACCUAAGGUACCAUGUCUCCAACUAUUUUAAUAAAGUUUGUAAUAUUGUGCAUCAAUGGUUAUUAGGAGAUUCAAGAGCUCAAGAUAAUUUUGACAUUUUGAGACUUGCCAAAAAGUAAUUUUUAGAUUUUUAUGCCAUGUGCUCCACAUUGGGUCCAUAAUGCCUUAAAGAUCUGAAGAGUUCUUGUUGAUUCAGAUAUAAGAAGAUGAAAUUUUUUUGUUUUUGCAGCUUACACAGACAACCAAAACAUCUUUUAGCCUUUCUCCUGGCAGAGUUAGGAACAAGGUAUGGAUGUCCAUCUUGUUUUACUCUUAAUGUGUAACAACAGCUGCACUGUUGUAGGCAGCAAGUUUUUUCAAAAAAAUGGAAGUUCAUUUUGGCGGUUGAGUCAUGGAGUCUGAAUUCUUUUGAGAAUUAGAAUUCAUUUAACAUAUUUACACAAAUUUUAUUGUGAGAAUUUCUUUCUGUAAUUCUGAUUUGGUUUUGUUUGAAUUAUUUGCAGUGGUUCAAUUGAUGGAAAUAAUCAACUUAUCAUUAAAGGACGUUUCCAACAAAAAAUGAUUGAAAAUGUGCUUAGAAGAUACAUCAGUAAGUGCAGUUAUAAUAUUUUUAGAAUCAAUUGUUGUUGAUACUCCAUCCAAAGUUUGACCAUAAGUUCCUAUGCUUAAAUGGCAUGGACCCUUGUUUGGGAUAGUGAAGUAUAGCAUCAAUACAAUUUCCCUCAUUGGUUAUUUAGUAAGUCUAAUUACAAUUUGCAUCAAGGCAUUUUUAACUUUUAAGGACGCUUUGCCUAUUAAUGAGUUGUGUCAGUGUAACUUCAGCAAGUUGACUCUCUAACUCACUAAGAUCUGAUUGUUAACUUUUCUCUCGAGCUGCUUCAUAUUUCCUUUUACAUAAGUUACAAGGAUUUGGUGUUAGAUCAAGAUAGCAACUUCUGCCUGAUAAGUUUGUGUAUUCUCAUCACCUGUUUGCAAGGUAAUGUAUAGAGAGGUUGUUAAUCACUUCAGGGAGUUAAAGGGUUAAUCCGCCUUGUUUGUGUCUCCCACAGAGGAGUAUGUCACAUGUAACACCUGCAGAUCUCCAGACACCAUCCUGCAGAAAGAAACUAGAUUGUUUUUCAUUCAGUGUGAAACAUGUGGAUCAAGAAGAUCUGUUGCCAGUAUCAAAUCAGGUUUCCAGGCCAUCACCCAGAAGAGAGCUCAACUGAAGAGUAAACAACAGUGA